UCCUUAAAGCGCGCGAGCAGAGCUGAGAGGCGGCUCCGUGGCCGCAGGCGCAGGCCUGGGCUGCAGCCGAGACGUGAGGCGCGCCGGCUCCGGGACUCAACAUGCGCUGCUCGCCGGGAGGCGCCUGGCUGGCGCUGGCCGCGUCGCUCCUGCACGUGUCCCUGCAAGGCGAGUUCCAGAGGAAGCUCUACAAGGAGCUGGUGAAGAACUACAACCCCUUGGAGAGGCCGGUGGCCAAUGACUCGCAGCCGCUCACCGUCUACUUCUCCCUGAGCCUCCUGCAGAUCAUGGACGUGGAUGAGAAGAACCAAGUUUUAACCACCAACAUUUGGCUGCAAAUGUCUUGGACAGAUCACUAUUUACAGUGGAAUGUGUCAGAAUAUCCAGGAGUGAAGACUGUACGUUUCCCAGAUGGCCAGAUUUGGAAACCAGACAUUCUGCUCUAUAACAGUGCCGAUGAGCGCUUUGACGCCACAUUCCACACCAACGUCUUGGUGAAUUCUUCCGGGCACUGCCAGUACCUGCCUCCAGGCAUAUUCAAGAGUUCCUGCUACAUCGAUGUACGCUGGUUUCCCUUUGAUGUACAGCAUUGCAAAUUGAAGUUCGGGUCCUGGUCUUAUGGAGGCUGGUCCUUGGAUCUGCAGAUGCAGGAUGCAGAUAUCAGUGGCUAUAUCCCCAAUGGAGAAUGGGACCUCGUGGGAAUCCCUGGCAAGAGAAGCGAAAAGUUCUAUGAGUGCUGCAAAGAGCCCUACCCCGACGUCACCUUCACGGUGACCAUGCGCCGCAGGACCCUCUACUACGGCCUCAACCUGCUCAUCCCCUGCGUACUCAUCUCCGCCCUCGCCCUGCUGGUGUUUCUGCUUCCUGCAGAUUCUGGGGAGAAGAUUUCCCUGGGGAUAACAGUCUUGCUCUCCCUUACUGUCUUCAUGCUGCUUGUGGCCGAGAUCAUGCCCGCAACAUCCGAUUCAGUGCCAUUGAUAGCCCAGUACUUUGCCAGCACCAUGAUCAUCGUGGGCCUCUCGGUGGUGGUGACAGUGAUCGUGCUGCAGUACCACCACCACGACCCCGAUGGGGGCAAGAUGCCCAAGUGGACCAGAGUCGUCCUCCUGAACUGGUGCGCGUGGUUCCUCCGCAUGAAGAGGCCCGGGGAGGACAAGGUGCGCCCGGCCUGCCAGCACGCGCGGCGGCGCUGCAGCCUGGCCAGCGUGGAGAUGAGCGCGGUGGCGCCGCCGCCCGCCAGCAACGGGAACCUGCUGUACAUCGGCUUCCGCGGCCUGGACGGCGUGCACUGCGCCCCGACCCCCGACUCCGGGGUGGUGUGCGGCCGCAUGGCCUGCUCCCCCACGCACGACGAGCACCUCCUGCACGCCGGGCAGCCCCCCGAGGGGGACCCGGACCUGGCCAAGAUCCUGGAGGAGGUCCGCUACAUCGCCAACCGCUUCCGCUGCCAGGACGAGAGCGAGGCGGUCUGCAGCGAGUGGAAGUUCGCGGCCUGCGUGGUGGACCGCCUGUGCCUCAUGGCCUUCUCGGUCUUCACCAUCAUCUGCACCAUCGGCAUCCUCAUGUCGGCUCCCAACUUCGUGGAGGCCGUGUCCAAAGACUUCGCGUAGCCGCGCCUGGCUCUGUACAUGUGGGAAACGCACAGAUGGGCAAAGCCUUUGGCUUGGGGAGAUUUGGGGGUGCUAAUCCAGGACAGCAUUAACGUGGCAAUUCCGAUGUUCCCGUAGGGCUGUCAGUCGUGUUGUUCUGGUUUCCUUGUUACUUUAGGUAAUAGGCUCUCAGCACUCUGUUCAGUACUCUCAGAUGGGCUGAUCCAUACCCUUGGCCCGUCCGUGCUGUCGGUCAGCAGGGCCUCUGAGAGGUUAUUUUGCCCAUGAGCCCGCUGCCUGGAAAGCCCUUCAGAGAGCUCCCAGUGGCUCCUCACCGCCGGGACAGUUGGUUCUGCAUGUCUGCAUGCCACUUGCCAUGAAGGUCUACCUGAAAAUUCAACAUUUGCCUUUUGCCUGUGUACAAACCUAGAUUGAAGCUAAAAUAAACCAGACUCACUAAAUCCAUUCCAAUAAUUGACUGGUGGAAGGAAAACAAAAAACUAAAACUAAAAAAACUAAAAACUAAAUCUGACAGCUUUUCUGCAAUUCAACUUUUAUUUUUAUUUUAUUUUUUCUAUCAAAGACAAUUGGUAGAGAGAAGCAGUUUUAUGUGGUUUCUGUGUUAGAGAGACAGAGAGAAAGAGAGACUGUGGGUCUUGCUAAGGAUGUUUUUACCAGCCUCCCUGGCUUCUGCAAACCCACCUUGUCAAGGAAAUCAAAGGGACACGGGUUUCUGUUUAUUCUGAACAAGGACCAGGCCCCAUGGAGUGUCUCUGGUGGAUCCCAGACAACUCCUAAAUGCCGCUACUCUCAGACACUGAGGUGUUGAGCAAAUCUGUUCUAUUCUGCAGAACCCACAGGACAAAUAGAAUUCUACUAGAAUUAACAGCCCAAAAGAAUAGCUAAAGCUAAGUGAAGCCAUUUAUGUGGGCUUUAAAAAAAAUAAUGUGUUAGCUGAUUAACAUGCACUGGAGUGCAUUAGUCUUAGAAACAUGCACAUCCAUACAAAUGCACAGCAUCAAGUGAACAUACUGCAUAUUCCUAGGCCCUGUGUGUCAGGGCCUGGAAGUGGGGGCUGGGAACUCUUCUGGUCCCUCCUAUGGCAGUUGCCAGGAGGGGGCGAUGUGGUCCAUCCCUUUUCUGGAUACCUGGCCAGUGGCAGGCAGGUAUCCAGGCCGCAGUGCUCUGGAUAGGGAGGAGCUGGCAGACCCUCAGUGACUGAUAAGCCAGCAACUCUAGGUUCUGGCCUUUGGGAAUCUGCCUGCCCCGAGCCCGUCCACCUGUCGUGGACAGCCCAGAAAACUGGCUUAAGGUCCAUGGGUGGAUUCCCUGGAGAUGAGCAGCUUGAAAACAAGAGAAACUUUAAUUUUUCAACCUAACUGCUGAUACAGCCCUUCCCUUAGAUUAUCUAGCUGACAGUAUCACUUUGUCUCUUCUCUUUCUUAUUUUUUUAGUGAGGUCAGAGGGUAAUUCACCAAGAAAGACCUCUCCUAUUCCAUUGUAUCAUCCAACAGCUGCUCAGACCUCAAAAUUGUAGAAGGCUUCUGAGCCCCUAGAGAUUUUUAAUUUGCUUCUAACCCUUGAGAUGGGAACAUCAUGAGGGAAGAUUUUAUUUUCAGAGUUAAAUAAAUCAUAUGUGUUUUUCCAGCCAUCCAGCUCACUCAUUUCUGGGUAAUGCACAUGAAUUUAUUUGCACUAGAGGAAGGUGGAAGCUUGUGUGUGUUCAGGGUGUGUGUGUGUGUGUAAGUGCACAAGUACCUGUGUGUGUGACUUAAGAGACUUCACUUACAAGAAAGUUGAUGAAUCAGGGCACUCCAGCCUCAGGCGGUUUGGAGCAGGAUCUUCCAGCAGUCACUCCUUCCACAUGCUAUGGAUGAACUGUGCACAAGAUUUUUAUUUAUUUUUUCUAUUACAAUGCUUUAAAAACAAGUAGGAGUGUUUUGAUAUGUAAAGGGAAUGCUUCAUUUCUUAUCAUUAUCCCAAAAUUGAUCCCUCCCACAUUUUUGUUUAAAAAAGAAACCUUUUGGGGUUUGUGCAGGAACACAUAAAAUGCAAACCAAAGUUGUGCAUAUUUUGACCCCUGAAAAAACUACUCUGUCAUUUAAUAAAGUAAUAAUAGGGAAUAGAUGUGCACAUAGUUAGAAAAGUAUAAGUGGUUAAAAACAACAGCCUCCCAUACUGCCCCUUUUCUCUCUCAGAGAGGACCAUUAAUGAGCUUCUAGGGGCAUUUCUAGAAAAGAAAAAAAGAAGGUAAGAGGCCAAAGCAAGAGGGACGGGGGCAUGGAGAGAGACAUCCCUUCCCAGCACUAACGCUCUGUGAAGUGCUCUGCACCUCGCAUUCUUCACGUGGUGUUUCGUAUUAGAGGUCGUCCCGUAAUAACAUAUAAAGAUCUACCUCAUUCUUCCUAAUAGCUGCUUAGCAUUCCAUUGUCUCAGCGGACUGUCAUUUAUUUGAAUAGCCUUUUACUGGUGAACAUAUGGAUAUUUCCGGUUUUUAUUUUUAUAUACAAAUCUAUAAUUGGCAUGCUUGUACAUACAUCUUAACAUACUUUUGUGACUAAAGCUUGGUGUAAAUUCCAACUUAGAAAUGGAAUUGCUGAGUUUUAAGGUUAUGUGUAUUUAAAAUUUUGAUAGAUAUUGCCAGAUUAUCUUCUAGAAACUGAUCAAUAGAUGUAACUCCAUGAAGAGUACAA